UUAUUUUUUUUAAAGGCUUUUGCAUCAAAUCAGUAUGUUUACAGUAUGGAAUCCUUUGGACUGUUUUCAAGAUAAGUCUGAAACAAGGAUAGCCCUGCUGCUACUGAAUCAGCCAAAUCCAUACAACAAGUCAUUUCUUACAGCUUUAUGGAAUAAAGCUCUGUUUCGAGUGGCAGUAGAUGGGGGCUGUAAUCAUCUAUACAAUACAUUCAGGGACAAUGCUCAUGCCUUUCUUCCUGACUUAAUCACCGGAGAUUUUGAUUCAAUCCAGGAAUCUGUCAAGAAGUUUUAUGAAGAGAAAGGAGUAGAGAUUAUGCCAACCCCAGAUCAAAACUACACAGACUUUACAAAGGCCAUAAUGGAGAUAGGCAAAAGACAAAAGGACAAACAGAUAGACAAUAUUUAUGUGUAUGGAUCCUUUGACGGCAGACUUGAUCAUGUGUUUGCCAAUGUGAACACUUUGUUUGAAGCCAGUCAGUACACUAGUGCCAAUGUGAUGCAUUUCUCAGAGGACACCACAGCUUUCCUUCUCAAGACAGGCAAACAUAAGAUAUUGGUGGAUCCAGCACUUUGUGGGCAGUGGUGUGGUUUAAUCCCUAUUGGUGAGCCCUGUAAAUGUGUCACUACUCAAGGGCUUAAGUGGAAUCUAGGUACAGAUUCCUUAUACU